GGGCGAGGCGCUGACGCCUGUUGUUGGGGACGCCUUGCUCGGCGGGGGAUGGGUGUGAGCUUGGCAGUUUGCAGACCAAGGCUGUUAGAGGGUCGAGGAACAAGUGUCGAGCCACGCAAAGGGCUGAGGCCUGGAAACUUGGGGUAGCUGCAAUGAGGCUGAAUCAGAACACCGUGCUGCUGGGCAAGAAGGUGGCCCUAGUACCCUACACCUCCGAGCAUGUGCCUAGACAAAACUCGAGCCCUCAUCCUCUCCAGAGAGGGUCUCCUGUAACCCAGGCUGGCCUCCAAUUCCUGAUCCUCCUGCCUCCUCCUCCCAGGUACCAUGAGUGGAUGAAAUCAGAGGAACUUCGGCACCUGACAGCCUCAGAGCUGCUGACCCUAGAGCAGGAAUAUGAGAUGCAGUGCAGCUGGUGUGAAGAUGAAGACAAGUGCACCUUCAUUGUGCUGGAUGCCGAGAAGUGGCAGGCCCAGCCUCGCCCCCCUGAGGAGAGCUGCAUGGUGGGAGAUGUGAACCUCUUCCUCACAGAUCUGGAAGACCCCACCUUGGGGGAGAUCGAGGUCAUGAUUGCAGAGCCCAGCUGCAGGGGCCAGGGCCUUGGCACCGAGGCGUCUCUCCUGAUGAUGUCCUAUGACUCUGGAGGAGUGACGAAGCUAGGUCUGACCAAGUUUGAGGCCAAAAUUGGGCAAGAAAAUGAGCCUAGCAUCCGGAUGUUCCAGAAACUACAUUUUAAGCAGGUGGCAGUGAGCAACGUCUUCCAGGAGGUGACACUCAGACUGGCAGUGACUGAGGCAGAGCGGCAGUGGCUUCUGGAGCAGACCAGCCACGUGGAGGAGAAGCCCUAUAGAGUCGAGUUGGCAGAGCCUGUGGCAGCCACCCUGUGUGAGCAGACCUGGAGCCACCCACUCCCGAGGCCAGACAGCUGCAUGGGAGAGUCAUGUACAGUGUCUUCAGGCUGCUCCAGACCCUCCUAAGCCCACCUGGGCCUCCUCUGGCUGGCAGCAGCCAGGAAGUCUCCCCGGCCUGAUUAUGGCUGCACUGAACAGACAGAUGGCUGGAGUCCACCGAGGCUAGGGUGGACGUGGGAACUGGGAGCCAGAAAGCCAGCCUUUCCUGGGGUCCCGGUGGAGUAAAACACUCGUUUAGGCACCUUC